UGGUAAUGCUGCUUGCCUGACCUGGGUUUCCCCCUUCCCGCCUGCCCCACUCUCAUAGCAAAUACUUUUAUAGUUACAGAGCAAACACUUAAACAUUACCUUAUAACAUGAGAUACAGAGGUUAUAAGUGAGAUAAUGCAUGCAGCAGCUCACAAGCAUUUCAUAAGGUCCAAAUGCUAAACACAGCUCUAUAACUGUAGUACCUAUUUUAAGUAUACUAACAGACAGGCGAGCCAGACUGGUUUCCAGCUAUGCAUUAUCAGUGUUCAGUGAGGCCUGGGGGCCUUGGCAUGAGCUUGGCACCUUGUCUGCCAGUGUCAGAGGGGUCCCUAGGCUCAGGAUUAGAUCAGGAGGGAUCCCUGUUUAGGGGUUAGAUUUGCAAAGGAUGGGGCACCCAGCCUAGGGCUAGGGUUAUAAAGUAGCGGGCACCCCCAGUCUAUGGUUUAGUUCAGUAGAGAUCCAGCGUAGGGUUGCAAAGUCUUGGGCUCCUCAACUUAGGCCUAGAAUUGGGAUCAGCAGGGCUUCUUGGCCUACAGUUAGGGUUGGAGUCAGUAGGGCUCCCCAUCCUGGGUUUAGGGUUAUAAAGAACAUGGUUUCCUAUCACAGGAUUAGGGGUUGUGUUAGAAGGUUUGUCCAUACUAGGGCUAGGAUUACAAAAGGAAGGGCUCCUUUUCCUUAGGUUAUUAUUUAGGUCAGUAGGGCUCCCCGGCCUAGGGCUAGGGUUGGAAAGGGGAUUCGUCGACUGGGGCCGGCCAGCCAACCAAACCCGCUGGCUGGAAUCCGGUGGGUGGUCUGCACAGACCUCACCUGUUUGUUUCUUAACAGUUUCACGCCCUCUUGAACUUUCUCUUCAAAGUUCUUUUCAGUGUCCCCUUAUGGUACUUUUUAACUAUUGGUCUUGUGCCCGGGCUUGGCUACACUUAAUACGCAGCUGCUGCGCCACUGUAGCACUUCAGUGAAGACACAGCCUACCCUCUUUCCUGGUACUGAGGGACUCCUGGUUAGUUUCGUUUUCUCCACUGACUAAUCGGCUUAAAUUCAGCAGGUCCCCAUGUCUGAUCUGAGGUCGCACUUGGAUAGGGACACCGGGGUGGUGGACACCAACCCCACGGAAGCACUCCGCCCUAGAGGAGGCCCAAUCGACCAAGUUUGGGGCAGAACGUCCCAGCAGAGGAGGGGCAUGUAAGGUGCCUCUUCUCGUGACUUAGCCUUCUGGCCCGGUCGCAGUUAGUCCCAGUCCUGCCGAGGUAACAGAAAAUCCAGUGAAAACAGAUGUCUGAUCCCUCUGCCUGCGCUGCUGCCCUUCGUUCUGCGCCCUGCAGUCCAGUUCCCCUUUUGAGGGCCUUCACAGCACCCUGCCUGUGGCUGGUAGGAGAACCCAGGUCUUCCUCCUAUGCUGGGAUCCAGUCCAGGAACCCUAGGACAGGCAGUCACGGGUCACUUCACCAGUGGACUCUGCUGGUACUUCCCUGGACUCCUUCCUAUUGAGACUUUCCCUGGGCUUUCUACUCACCCUGCAGUCGUCUCCCCAUUCCUACGGGUCUCCUCACUCCCUGCUAUCCGCAGAAUGAUUGCUGGGUUUCUCCCUGCCGCCCUUCUGCUAUAAACUUCCUCUGCUUGUAGCACACCCAGCCACCCCCGCUGGGUUUCAUCAUUAAUUAGACAUGGACGACCCUCCAGGUGCCACUGGGCGGGUUCACCACCUGUGUGUGGGGGGGGUUGGCACCCCAUCACAAGGGCAUAGGAGUGGCAUGAAACUCCUGGGUCAGUGAGUCCAGUCCCAUGCUGCCCCAUCAUCUAUGUAUCAAGCUCCAUCCUAAAGCUAGUGGGGUUGUUUGGCCCACUGCUCCUAUGGGGAGGCUGUUCCAGGCCCUCACUCCUCUGAUGGACAGAAGCCUUCUGUUCAUUGCCCAGCCUACAUUGAUUCAUGGCCAGUUUAUCCCCAUGGGUCCUUGUGCCAACAUUGUCCUUUACAUUCAAUAGCUCUUCUCCCUCCCCGGGGUUUACCCCUCUCUGCUGUAUUUCUACCAGCUGCCCCUCAGCCUGCGUUUUGCUUGGCUGAACUAGCCAAGCUGUUUUCCUCUCCUCGGACUCUCCGUUCCGCUGCGCAGCCUCGUCGACUUGCUCAGUACCUGUUUUGGCGUGAAUCCACCUGGCUCAGACAUGGGUGAGCAUAAUUGGACACACCCCUCCGGAUGAGGGCUGACCAGUGCCUUGUUUUGAAAAUAAAAACAUUGAAGCUGAGAUAUUGUUUUACUUCCACCUGCAGGGCUUCCAGGAGAUUUGAGCCUGGUUGGAACACCCAGGGUGCUGUUCAGCCCUUGAGAUGUCGUCUGGUGCCUAAUUGGCCAAGUCCCUUCUCUCAGCAAUAAAGGCAAAACGUCUGGGAGUGCUGUGACUAUGGGAUAUAUCUCCUGCUUACGAGGCCAGCAAGCCUCUCCCAGGUAGCUCCAGAGGUGGCUGUGAAAGUCUGUGCAGGAAGUCUGAGCGAAAAUAGGUGGAGAGAUGGGAUUAUAAUUGCCAUGGUGAGUCUGAGUUCCUGCUGCCUGCUUUGGGUGUGGAGAGAUUUUGUUGGUGUUGGUGCAGCUGUGCCUGGCCUGGGAAGGAGAAUCCUGUCUUCGAAGCGUGUUGCCAGGAGUGCUGAUGUGCCAGAGCCGCGGCCAUGCUGCAGCAGAUCCUGGCAGAAAUGUACAUCGCUCCUGAGCUGCUGGCAGAGCUCAGCGAGGAGCAGAAACAGAUCCUCUUCCUCAAGAUGAGGCAGGAGCAGGUCAGACGGUGGAAGGAGAGAGAAGCUGCCACAGACAAGAACUCGGCGAAGAAAGUGACCCAGCGGAAAGCGCUCGGGAAGUCGGUGAAGUGGAAGCUCGGCACGGACAGCGAAGUCUGGGUCUGGGUCAUGGGCGAGCACACGUCGGAUAAGCCUUAUGAUGUGAUCUGCGAGGAAAUCCAGGCACGGAGGGCUCAGCAAGAAGCAGGGGAAGCCAGAGGAAGUCAAACAUUCCUAGAACCGGCUGUACCAUGCUUCCUGCAUUCUCAGCCAGGAGCCCUGGGUGGGGCAGAUGCCAAAAGGAAGGAGGAAAAAACCGGAGAGAGGGAGAAGGAAGAUGUGAUAACAGCUGAUAAAGAGGAGAGAAGUUGGGAUCAUGCCCAGGGUGCUCCCAGUAAAGGCAGAGACGUGCACCAGAUGUUGGCAGAUUCCAAGGCUCAGACGAAGAAGUACGACGUUCAGCAGGGGAAGGAUCUAUCAAGGAGGAGGCCAGGAGGGAUGAGAGCAUCGGCAGAGGGGGAGCUGCCCACUAACAACGACCGGAAGGAGACCCAGGAGUCAGGGCAGAAAUCGGACAAGGACGAUCCCGAGUGGCAGGAAUCCUUGAGGAAAUCCAAAGCCGCUGAUGAGAGGAGACGCUCCAUUGCAAAGCAGGCCAGGGACGACUACAACAGGCUGUCGCUGCAAGGGAUUCACAAAGGGAAGGUAGCCGAAGUUGCCAAGAAUUUUGGGAGCAAGGAGCGCAGCUUGCCCCCCCGUCCUUCCCUUCCACCCAAGCCUAAAACCCUAAACUCUGGGGUAGCCAAUGGGAGGCCCAACAGGAAUCCGGGCGUGCAGAGGACCCUCUCCACUUCCACCCAGGAGAGCAUCAUCAGGUGGUUUAAAGAAGAGCAGUUUCCUCUUCGGGCGGGUUAUGAGAAAUCCACGGACAGGAUAGCACCCUGGUUCCAUGGUAUCUUAACCCUGAGGCAAGCAGAGGAGCUCCUGAGCAAAUCGGAGCCCGGGAGCUUUCUGGUCCGGGUCAGUGAGAAGAUCAAAGGCUACGCACUCUGCCAUCUGUCCCCGGAGGGCUGUAAGCACUUUCUAAUAGACGCCUCCAGCAGCGCCUACAGCUUCCUGGGAGUGGACCAGCUGCAGCAUGCGACACUGGCCGACCUUGUCAACUACCACAAGGAGGAGCCCAUCACUUCUUUGGGGAAGGAGCUGCUGCUUUACCCAUGUGGCCAACAGGGACUGGAACCUGACUACCUUGAUCUCUUUGAGUGAAAGCCUCCGUUCCCACCUUGUGACACACACCCGUGCCUUCCCCUGAACGAACAGAUGAACGGUUGUCCGAGAGACGGACCCCCUAAUGCCUAGCCAGCACCGAUCAAGUGAAAUCCUCCGCACAAGUGUCCGGAUUUGAACAUGUUUAGCAGCAAAGCAGUGAAAAGGCGAUUACUGCUGGGCGCUGCUCUCUGUUAGCAGCAGCAGGCCGCAGCAUUCAGCAGCCUAGCAAGCCAUGAAGGAGCGCUAGUGGCUUCAACCUUACUGGAGCAGGGUUAGCUCAGGAAAGAACCUGUUGAAGGAAGAUACUGCCAUGGGUUAGAGCGAUAGUUUGUGUAAAUGACUCGGGGCUGGCUCUGAUUAAGCUGCAUUUUGCCCUCAGCUAGUGCAGCAUAACUUGGUAUUCAAUGGGAUGUUGCCAGAUGUGCAGUGAAAUUGGUAUUUUAAACUCAGAAAGGGGUCGCCUCUGUUCAAAGGGGGUGGAGCCGCAUCAAGGAGGGGACUUGGCCCCUAGUGGUAAGUUGCAUAAUUGCAGAUCAGUCCUGCAAGAGGCCGAGUCCUCUGGAAUCAGUGGGAGUAGAGGUCGCUCAGUGUGCUUCAGCAUCGGGUCCACCAUAAAAUCCACCCCAUGCAGAGGGGCAGCAAAGACCUGCGCAGCGCAUGAACCCACGUAUAUAGGGCUUCAGUGGGGCUUACUCGGUGACUAAGCUGUGUGCUGGCCCCUCUGCAUGGGGGGGGGGGGGAAUGAUGCCCUUUGGAGAUGGAGGGAAACAGCAAGUUUGUUAAAUAAAGAAACCAAGUUGGAAUCUGGCUGAGCCGUUUUAACUCUUGCACACAGAGCCUGGGCUAGUUUACAUCCAGCCUCCUGGGCAGCCUUUUACUGUUAGUCGUCAGUAUUACUCAGGUCUAAUGUGGACAUGAACAAUGAGAGGUGCCUGCCAAUAAAGUCCCCCGUCUCUUUUCCGUAAUGUAACUGUUUAUUGAAGUCCUGCAAAUCAAUUUCUGAGAGAACUGCUCCUGCUGAAUGGAGCUGGGCCUUCUACUUUUUCUUUGACAUAACAGCUGAGCUUGCCUUUGUCCCCGAGAGCUGCAGUAUGAAAUAUCAAGGCACAGACUUGAAGAGAUGCUAAAACGUGUCUUAGCAUCAGUACCAGGAUUGAUGGUGCAUAUUAUGAAAAUCCGACAAAUUAUCUCCCUCCCCUCCACUAAUGACAACUUGCAAGCUUCAAAAUUGUGAACAAAAAUCAGUCCAGUUUCAGUUCAAUUCAUUUCUCUUCUUCCAUGUGGCUUGGGGUUGUUCUGCAGAACUUAAGAAAACCAUCAACACCAAGUCCUUCAGGUCAUUUUGAAAAGGGUAUCCGGCACCUUACUUCUAAUCUGUGUCCUAUGGAAUGUGGUGGAUUUGCCAUCACUUGAAGUCUUCAAAUCAAGGGAAGCUGUCGUUCGAAAAAUAAUACGCUGUAGCCCAGCAAUAAGGGAUGGGCUUGAAGCAGGAAGAACUGGGUGAAGUUUUUAUGCCCUGUGCUAAGCAGGAGGGCAAAUUAGAUGAUCCCCAUGGGAACUUCUGGUCUUAAAAUGUAGUUGCUGCAUGGUAGAGUGGCGCCUGCCUUCCAGCCUCUAUGACACUGAACACACUGAGGAUUGUGUUUCAUUUUUUACAGAGGAGCCUGGUCGUAGCAGUACAAGUGUUUCAGAGAUUGUUGAUCUUUACCAGUCCUCAGCAGUUACUGAAGCACUCCAGGCUCUAACAGUUUGCAUCCCGAAUCAUAAACACGCUUACAGCUUAUGAAGAGCCCAUAGUUCAUGCUCAUCAAGUGAAAAAUUACAUGCCCGAUCUUGCGGUGUGGGCAGAGAGUCGCUCUGAAACCUGCCAACACACACCAGCAAAACCAGCCCACUGACUCAACCGCCCGCUUUCGCCAACCUGCCGGUUACUUCACUGCAGGACGUGUAUUUGAGCCAAAUCAAGCAAAACACCUUGACGUUUGUGAGUUCGCAGGAUCUGGAAAUACAUCACUGCUUGAAGACAACAUUCCAGCACAGAGAGCGUAUCGGGCUGACUGGGGAGCCGUUCAAGAAUUGCGGAACAAGGACGUUUUCCAGUUCUGGAGAAGCACGGUGGCCAGAUUCCCAGCUCUGGCAGUAGUCGCCCUGCGAUGCUUAGCAGUACCAGUCUACAGCGUGGGUGAUGAGCCCUCCUUCUCAUCUUGUAAAAAUGUGCUGGGGGACAACAGACGCCGCAUAAACAACAAGCUGUCUAGGUAUAACUUGUCAGACCAAAAUGGCAACGCUUUGCAAAAGGGACUUGAACAAAAAUAUCUGAUUUUUAGUAUAUAGUUUUUUGUUAUUUUUGGUUGAAAAAUGAUUGCACAAUAUGCAUAUAUAAACUCAAAACCGUUUACUUUGACAGGGCAAAGAAAACGAUUGCAUUAAUGUUCUUGUGUGUAAAUGUUGCACUGUCAUACUUUGUUAAAUUGUCACAUUGUUUGUUGCCGUCACCA